AUGUCUACCAACGUCCAGGAAACCGACCUGGACAAGUACUGCCGCGCUACGUUGGAUGAUCUAUCGAAGUUCAACGGUGCGGGCUCCAGUCCAUCCAACGCUUAUAAUCACGCCAACACCAUGCGAGUGCUGAGGAGAAUGGUCACAUAUGUGCUGGAGGCUGGACAAUGGCCGCCGAAGCCCCCGCCCGAAGACAGAGACGAAGUUACGGGGAAGUUCAAAUCUUACACCGAAUGGUACGCGAAGAGACUUGAUCUAGAUCUCCCCAGCUACAUCACAGUUCGGCAACAGUGGAAGUACCAAGCGCUCUACGCUUUACUGUGCGAUUACAAGGCCCGAUACUCCAAAGAAUCUUCAUGCUCCAAGAAGCCUGGAAACCCCCCGAAAAAGCUUUUCGAUCGAUUGACAAUCCUUGUCCUUGAAGAUCUUAUGAAAUCAGGAGACCCCGUGGGUUUGUUCAGAACGCAUUGCUGGAAAGGUCAUGACUUGAAACUAUUGCUAGAUAAGUGCAAGGACGAGGCACCCGCCUUGCUCGAUUCGCUUGAGGAUGCUAUGCCGGCCGCCUGGGACUUGAAUCGACGAGCCAAAAUGACCCGCGAAAUUAUCAAUGAUUCCCGGGUGGUCGAUACAAGAUUCCUGCUUCCGCGUCAGACUUGGCAGAAAGAUCUGCCCUUCCUGGUGAAACGCAAAGCGCUGAAAGAUAUGAUCAACACACGCGAAUGGACAACGAUUAUUUACGCCAGAUCGGCCCGGCAGAUCAUGUCGAGAUCAACAGCUACCGAGUGUUCUGGAUCACAUCUAUCUACCUAA